CUGGAUAGCAUGGCUGUGGGGCCUGCCCUGUGGCUGGGCACUCUGCUCCUCAUUUCCCUCUGGGGGGCCUCAGCUCCAGCUUCCCUUCUUAGGCGCCUAGGAGAGCACAUUCGGCAGCUUCAGGAGAGCUCUAUCCUGGGCCUGAGUCUGGGUCCAGAGGCUGCAGCCCUCCCAAAAGAGGGGUGGCUGGAGCAGCCACUGGACCCCUUCAACACAUCUGACAGACGGUCCUUCCUACAGCGGUACUGGGUAAAUGACCAGCAUUGGGCCAGCCGGGAUGGACCCGUGUUCCUAUAUCUUGGGGGUGAGGGCAGCCUCGGACCCGGCUCAGUGAUGAGAGGGCACCCUGCAGCCCUGGCCCCAGCCUGGGGGGCCCUGGUGAUUGGCCUGGAACACAGGUUCUAUGGCCUGAGUGUGCCUGCUGGGGGCCUGGACAGGGCCCAGCUCCGCUUCCUGUCCAGCCGCCAUGCGCUGGCCGAUGUGGUCUCCGCCCGCCUCGCGCUCUCCCGCCUCCUCAACGUCUCCUCCUCCAGCCCUUGGGUCUGCUUCGGAGGCUCUUAUGCCGGCUCCCUGGCCGCCUGGGCACGGCUGAAGUUCCCGCAUCUCAUCUUCGCAGCGGUCGCCUCCUCCGCCCCGGUGCGGGCUGUGCUGGACUUCUCCGCGUACAACGAGGUGGUGUCCAGGAGCCUCACGAGCGCGGCGAUCGGCGGGUCCCCGGAGUGCCGGACGGCGGCGUCCAUAGCCUUCACAGAGGUGGAGAGGCGGCUGCGCGCGGGCGGAGCGGCCCGGGCGGCGCUGAGGAAGGAGCUGGGCGCAUGCGCGUCCUUGGGCCGCUCGGAGGACCGGGCGGAGCUGCUGGGGGCGCUGCAGGCGCUGGUGGGAGGCGCAGUGCAGUACGACGGUCAGGCGGGGACGCCGCUGAGCGUGCGACAGCUCUGUGGCCUCCUCCAGGGCAGGGGCAAUGGCAGCCGCCCCACGCCCUACCGCGGGCUGCGUCAGGCAGUGCAGGUUGUUAUACACAGACUUGGCCAGAGGUGUUUAAGCUUUUCCCGAGCAGAGACAGUGGCACAGCUGAGGGUCACUGAACCCCAAAUGCCCGGCGUGGGUGACCGGCAGUGGUUGUACCAGACAUGUACUGAGUUCGGCUUCUAUGUCACCUGUGAGGACCCCGGAUGUCCUUUCUCUCAGCUCCCAGCACUGCCCUCCCAGCUAGAGCUGUGUGAGCAGGUGUUUGGGCUCUCAGCCUCAUCCAUAGCCCAGGCUGUGGCCCAGACGAACUCCUACUAUGGUGGCCAGAGCCCAGGGGCCACCCAAGUGCUGUUCGUGAAUGGGGAUGCAGACCCCUGGCAUGUGCUAAGUGUAACACAGGCCUUGGGAUCCUCCGUGUCAGCCCUUCUCAUCCCUGGUGCCUCCCACUGCAUGGAUAUGGCCCCUGAGAGGUCCUCCGACUCCCCCAGCCUCCGCCUAGGGCGCCAGAGCAUCUUCCAGCAGCUGCAGACCUGGCUCAGGCAGGCAAAGGAGAGCCCAGACAGGGGCGGGGUCUGAGCCACACACUCUGGCCACUGCUGGCAAGGCCACUGCAGCCCUGGACGCACUCGUUCACUGGACAGGAGGAAGCAGCUGGUAUUCACAGGGGAGAUUUCCAGGAAUUGGGAUUCAGCACCUGUCCUACGUGUCAUUGACUUGCAACUGCAAAUGUCCUCACUGCCAACGGACAGUGCUCUGUUACCGACAAAGGGGUCUGCAAAUUCAAGUGGAUGAUGAUUCUCUCUGUGAAUGCUGGUGUUUUAAUAUCAAAGAAUAGUUACUUGGGAAACUGAUUUAAGCAGGAGCCCAAAUAGUGUUCCAGCGGUGGUGUCUCUUCGUGCUGGUGCCCUCCCCCUAGACGGUACCGGCUCACGCUCUGCUCAGCUCCUGGGCUGGGCCCUCCCUGUGUCUGUCUGGACCUCAGACCCUGAUGCAUCUGCUUCUUACCCUUUCUCUCGCUGUGCCCCUCCCUCGGUCUCUUAUUCUCUGCCCCACCCCUGUCUCUAUUUGCCCCUCAGUCUCCUGUUUCUCCAGAUGCCUGUGUUCCUGUCUCUGUGUCUCCUCCGCUUCUCUUUAUUUCUCCACCCUGUCUCUCUCUCUCUCUCUCUCUCUCUCAAUGUCUUUCUACGCUCCUCCUCUCUCACUUGAUCGUUCCUUGAUUGGCUGCACUGCUGUUUCUGCCUUUCCUUUCUGGUCUCUCUGUCACUUCAGGCACUUUCUCUCUCACUCUGACCCUGCCUGUACUUCCCUCUGUCAGACUUCCCUUGUCCUCCUCCUCAAUCUCUCUGUCUCCCCCAGGCUCUCUCUGUUUCUGUCUCUUACACUCUUCCUCACUGCCUCUAUUUCUCUUCCUGUCACUUAAUCUUUUCUUUCUCUGUCUCUCUUUUAGUCGUCCAUACAAACCUGUCACACACCAUCUUUUCCCACAAAUAACUUGAUCUAAAUUUGAUAAAUCAUGCAUAGGAGCAAAUAGAGAAGUGACAAUGAGCAAGAGACUCGUGCCCAAGUUGAAAUACAGUAUAGUAAUUGGGCAGCAGUCAAGAAAAAUGUCUUUCUUUUCACUGUAAAGAAAAUAUAAAACCGUAACCAGAGACAAGUGUGCAUUCUAUUCAUUGGAAGCUAUAACGCUGGUCCAUUGGAAAGUAACAGUAAACUUGUCACCUCUUCCCUGGCAAGAAGGGAGACAAAUUUGCCUAUCUUUUAAAAUGAAUGAGAGGUACAGGUUUUGAAAAAAAGGGAAAAUAAAAUGCUUAGCAAUUUAUAAAGACUUAGGUGAAGAGCGUCAGUGCAUUUUAGGAGAGGACAAACUAGGAGGUGCAUCUGUGAAUGGACUUUCUUCGCCAUGUCUUCUGCCUGAGAUCUGGGAGAACAGAACUGAGUGUUGCAGAAACAACCAUGACUGAGGAUGGCCCACACCCACCGAGCUCCGGGACACGGGCCAGCAUGCACCCGUGGUGCCACCCCACUAGUCGGUUUGUGCCAUGAACCACUUUCCCUUCCUGUGAAUGGCAUCGGCUACCUCAUAUUCCCUUGUCUAGAUAGAUUGUGAUCUGUUUAAAAUACAGGAUCCUACUUAGCAAUAAGAAUAAACUUCUAAGAAUCAUUGUACAUGUAAUGACACAAAUAAAUCUCAGAAAUCUCGUGCUGGGCAAAAAGCGCCACAGAAUAGAAUGUGCUACAUGAUUCCACAUAUAUGAAGUUCAGGGGCAGCAAACUACCUGGUGAAGAAGUCAGAGCAGCAAUCAGCUUGCAGGGUGAAGGAGUAUAGGAGACCUUUCUGGAGUAAUGGGCAGCUCUCAAUCUUGGUCCAGGCCGUGGUGGCAUGGGAGUAAACAUAUAAGUUUAACUGAGCUUUGUCUACGCUUGAGAUCUUUGCAUGUUACUGUAUGUAAAAAUAUACUUCAAUAAAGUACUAAAAAGGGAGACCGCAGAGAUGUAGUCACCCAGGUCAGAAGGGAGGGAGGGAAGAAUGAAAAUGAAAGGACAUGGAAGAUUCAACACGUGCCUCCAGGCCAAAGACCAGGGACCUCUUCAGCUUGAACAUCUACCUGGAGCCUGUCACUUUAAAUGGUCUGUUACCUGCCUCACCCAGGAAGAGCACAAUGAUAACACCAACAUGGGCCAGUGAAGCCACGUCCUCCACAACUAGA